AGCUGGAAGCAUGGAGGCGCUUUUUCUAGACAAGCGAACACACAAAGUCUGUUAGAGGUUUGGAUGUUUAUGGUCACAAUGUGAAUGUUUAUGGUCACAAUGAAGGCCUUCAUCUUCGUUUUUCUCCUGGGAAUACAGGGGGCAGCGGCAGUGACCCACUCUCUGAAGUAUUUCUACACUGCGUCCUCUCAAGUCCCAAACUUCCCAGAGUUUGUGGUUGUUGGGAUGGUUGAUGAUGUUGAGAUUGAUUAUUAUGACAGCAACAUGGAGAAAGCUGUGCCCAAACAGGACUGGAUUGCCAAGAACACAGAUCAGCAGUACUGGGAGAGGAACACUGAUAUCUCCAGGGGUCAGCAGAAGACGUUCAAAGUCAACAUUGAGAUUGCAAAGGAGCGCUUCAACCAAACUGGAGGUGUUCACAUUUUCCAGCAGAUGUGCGGCUGUGAAUGGGAUGAAGAAACAGAUAAAGUGAAUGGAUAUGAGCAGUUUGGUUAUGAUGGAAAGGACUUCAUAAGCUUUGACCUGAAGAAAGAGACAUGGGUCGCUCCAAAACAACAGGCUCACAUGACAAAGAUGAAGUUGGACAGUAACAAAGCUACGAUCACACAGUAUAAGAACUACCUCACCCAGGAGUGUCCUGAGUGGCUGAAGAAGUAUGUGAACUAUGGGAGGAGCUCUCUGAUGAGGACAGUUCUUCCCUCAGUGUCUCUCCUCCAGAAGUCUUCCUCCUCUCCAGUCACCUGUCACGCUACAGGUUUCUAUCCUAACAGAGCCGAGAUGGUCUGGAAAAAAGAUGGAGUGGAGUUUCAUGAGGGUGUGAACAAAGGAGAGAUUCUCACCAACAAUGACGGGACCUUCCAGAUGAGUGUUGACCUGGAUGUCUCAUCAGUCAAACCUGAAGACUGGCACAGAUACAGAUGUGUGUUUCAGCUCUCUGGUGUGAACGAGGACAUCGUCACCAAACUGGACAAAUCAGAGAUCAAGACCAAUGAAGGAAAUUCUUUCUCCCUGAUCUUCCCUGUUGUUGUUGCUGUGGUUGUUCUUGCUGCCAUCGCUGUGAUCGCAUUCAUUAUUUACAAAAAGAGGACAGACAAACGUCCCCCAUCUCCUGCAGAGAGCCAGGAGCAAAUGCUUCCUCAAGCCUAAACCACAAACAGCUCUGCACACAAGAACCUGAGAGAAGACGUGUCAGCUCGUUUUUCUCCAUAAACUGGAAUUCAUUGAAUUCGUUGAUUGUUCACAUCAUUAAAUCUGUUAAAAAGAUCUAAAAUCUAAAAUAUAGUUGCAGAUGCUUAUUAGUCAAGAUUUAAUGGAAAGGAGUUUGAAAAUGAGUUGGCAAACAUUACAUCAUUAACAUAUACAUCAUAAUGGUGGCAUUAAAUUAUUCUGAAUAUGUUGUUGGGUGGCUGUGGCUACAAUGUAGCUGCCAUCACCAGUGUGUGAAUGUCUGUGUGAAUGGGUGGAUGACUGAAUGUGUAAAGCGCUUUGGGGUCCUCAGGGACUAGUAAAGCACUAUACAAAUACAGACCAUUUACCAUUUUUUGUUUUCAGUUAAAAAAAAAGGCAAUUUAAAAAAAAAAGAUCUAACAAAGAUGUGACCACUUGGAGAGAUGUAAAACACAAUAAAAACAAUAUGAAACAAUGAAAGUAUCACAGCAGUCUCAAUACAAUCAUAAUUAAACCUUUGUGUGUUCAUCUUCACUCAAACAUAUAUUAGUUUAGUGUUUCUGGGGUUUUCUUGUAAAUUAUUGGAUCACUCAUGAAUGCUGAGAUUCCCUCACUCUCAGUGGUAAAGGAAUUAUAAUAAUAUAUUUUUAAAUCUUGUAAGUUUACUUAAAAUUUGAUUUAAAAGACAAACUUGUGUUGAAUUCCAGGAGACCUUAAAAGAUUUUACUUUGUCUGAUUUGUUUCUUAAUUAAUGAAAAUUAUGUUUAUUCUCUGUUGUUUGAUUUAAGACAAGUUUUGAGUGUUUUUGAUUUUAGAGUUUAGGUCAAGUUGAGAUUCUGGAGGGUUGUGUGGGUUAUGUUUUUAACACAUUGGUUUGUGUGUUUCUGUUUAUAUAUCAGUAAAACUGCAUUGCUCUUUCUCUCCUUUUUGUACUUUUGCUUUUCAAUAAAGUCCCAAAUAUUCCAAAUUUCUGUGAAUUUUUUUUAAAUAAAAUGUACACUUGGCUAAAGUUUCAUGAAUACAGCCCAAAUAUUAAUGGAUUAGCUACAAUUUAACUUGUGAUAGUAGCUCAGUAAGCUUAGGUGUAAUGAUGCCAGCUCCAGUCCAUUAAGUGUCCUUGUGACAAAAGUAUUGUUGUGUGUGUUGUACUGUGGUUUGAUGUUUGCUUUUGUGGAUGUUUAUUUUUUUCAUUUGGUUUACCAACACUAGACUUGACAAUUUGCAUAUGAUGAAGGAACUGACCUCACAGCCAAUUGUUCAUUCAGUGGACUGGUUUCAGCUAUUGUGCAAAUGUACUGUUUAUAAGAUUGGGGAAACCUGCAGUCAGCUGAGACUGAAGAAGUCACUUGGAUGAGUGACGAAAUGUUUCUCCCACUGAAAACUCUACAUCCAGAUGAACCGAAUCAACCUUUUGGGAACACCACACUUUAGAGACUUGUGUUUUCCAGAAUGGUUACCUGAAUCAGGUAGAGUAUAAAAGGAAGCCAGCUGCUUUUAGAGGGGUUGGGUUCUUUGGCGUGUGUUGGCAC